AUGUCUGCUCCUAUCCAAUACCAAUUGGGCCAUUUGCCAAUUAAGGACCAUGUCUUUUCGCCAGACCAUUCCCUUUUGGCUGUGACCAAAGACACCAAGGUAGAAAUUUACCUGAUCAAUACUGCAAACUUGGCUGCGAAGCCAAAGCUCUUCACCGUUUUGGCUGGUCAUGACAAGACUGUCACAUCGGUUGAUAUCUCCCCAGACGGUUCGAGAAUCUUAACCUGUUCUCAAGACAGAAACGCCCUUGUCUGGGAAUACGACGGUGCCGCCAACGAGUAUAAACCAACGUUGGUGUUGUUAAGAAUCAACCGUGCAGCCACCGUAUGUAAGUGGUCUCCUGACGGACAGAAAUUUGCUGUAGGAUCUUCAGACAGAAUCAUCGCUGUUUGCUACUACGAAGCGGAAAACAAUUGGUGGGUUUCCAAGCACUUAAAGAAGCCUUUGAAGUCCACCAUCACAUGCUUGUCGUGGCACCAAAACGGUGUCUUGUUGGCUUCCGGCUCGACCGAUGGUCACGUAAGAGUCUUCAGUGCCUUCAUUAAGGGAUUGGACGAAAAGCCCGAACCUUCUCCUUGGGGAAGUAAAUUGCCAUUCCAAACGCUUUGCGGUGACUUCAUCAACGAUACGGGUGCCUGGAUCCACGGUGUAGCUUUCAGUCCUGAUGGAAACUCAUUAGCGUUUGCCUCACAUGACUCGUCAAUCGGAGUUAUCUAUCCUGAAGGAGAAGGUUUACCACCCAAGUCUAUCAUCAACGUCAAGACCAACUACCUUCCAUUCAAGUCAUUGGCUUACUUGACCAACAACAAGAUAGUUGUUGGUGGCCACAACUGUAACUUGAUUGUUUUUGAAGGAGACGAAACGGAAUGGAGAGAAUCUCGUGUCAUUGAGUCUCAGAAAGAUUUGACUAAAGAAGCUCCUUCUACUGGAGAUGAUGAAGACGAAGAAAUCUCAUCUCACCAAGCGUUGAACAUGUUCAAGCAAAUGGACUUGAAAGGUAGAGUCAAUAAGCCUUCUGCCAAUAGCGGAGGCAACAGAUUGAGCACUACUCAUCAAAACACCAUCUCUAGUGUUAAAGUCUUUUCUGGUAAUCAAGUUUCCACUUCUGGUAUCGACGGCAAGAUUGUCAUCUUCAAUGUUUAG